CUCUUUAAUGAUCAUAUGACCACUCGUUCCUCCCCUCCGUUUGCUUUCGCGGAAGUAAAAUCUGUCAAUGAGGUAGCUAACAAAGCAGAGCAUCUAUUACUAUUUCUUGUUUUUUUUCAGAUUUAAAAUCUGUAGAAACAUAACACUAGUCAGAUAAAAUGUUAUUCCAGGAAAAUAUGACAAAUUAUGUUACUUUUCAGACCAAAUUAACCUCCGUUAUGGAUGUGUUGUCCAAAACUGCGGUGGCAGAAAUAAGUAAAUUAUUCGAUGAUGGGUUUGCUGUUUUACGCUUGGAAAUGUGCAGAAGAGAAAAUGAAAUAGAAGCCUUAAAAAUCAAAUUAUUGUUUAUGGAGAACGAACGGCAAACGACAAGGUCCAAAGCGCGAGAAGCAGGAUGUUCUUCCACAUGCUCUUCGUCUUCCAGCAGAACAGAGCAGGGGUCCAAAGGCUGUGAUGAGGAUCCUGGUGAAAGGACUUCAUUUGAGCAGAAUGCCAGAGAGAAAGACGACCAACUGCAUCAAAAUAGACCACAGCCACCUGCAGAAGAAGUAGAGGGACUUGAACAGAACAGGUCAGGCCACAGAGAGAAGGAUAGUGGACUAGAGUUCGUGAAGACUGAGCAGGAAGAGUAUGAUGUAAUUUCACUACAUACAUCAGUAAGUGAACAUGGCACAGAGAGAUCAGAUCAUGAGGAAACUGAGUUUGCUGUGGAUGAGAGAGAGAGUCAGCUCUGGGAGUCUUUAACAGAGCGCAACUGUGACUCAGAGGGUCCAGAUUACCAUAAGUGCACAGAACAAUAUCCACUGGAUCAAGAUACAGACAUACAGCUCAUUCAAAGUGCAGUGGAGGGUCUCAGUAGCGGUCCAUCGUCCGAGAUGGGUGACAUUAACAGAGUUAUGAAAGAAGAGAUGCGAGCACAGUCUGUUUGGAAUGACAGAAGGGCCCCUACAGAUUUGGCUCAGGCACAGCCAGGACAGCACAGAGAAACCAUGCACCCAGAGAGAACCCAGGAUGGGACAACUACCAGAGUGCCAUCAGACAAACAAACACUAGCCAAUGAGGGUGCAGGAUAUUCCAAUGUUUGGCUAAACAACGUAUUCUCACUUGCCCCAAAUAGUUCAAAUGGUUUCAACUCAGCAAAGGUAUCCCCAAGGAGAACCCCAGCAAGAGAGAAGUGGUUUGUUUGCUCCUUCUGUGGAAAGAGCUUUGACCGGUUUGGUCACCUGGAGAUGCAUCAGCGGAUUCAUACGGGAGAGAAACCGUACAGCUGUGUCACGUGCGGGAGGUGUUUCGCUCAGCAGAGUAAUCUCCGCAGACACCAGCGAGUACACAGGGCCUCACAACAAACCAAACUGUCUACUGAUCGUUAUCACCAUGACUAGACAACUAAGAGCAUUGUAGAACAAUAUUUUCUAAUGACUGAGAACAGAGUUGAUAAGACCAUCAAGACACUUGCAGAAAUCAGCAGUGUGUUACUUUUGUCUUCCCAUUCUAUAAAGUGAGAGCAGUGAGACCCUACCACAACUGUUGCACUAGUGGUGCUUAUAUACUGUAGUGAGGGAUCAGAGUUGCAGGUUUACAGCUUCCUGCUUGUAACCUUUUAAGGAACGCUUAAGAGGAGGAUCUCCAUCAUCUUUAGGUUUUUGUAGACCUAUGCCAGACUAACACUACAAUGGACAUGCUUUUGUCAAUGCAUACAUUUGUAUGAAUAAAAAUCUGAAUUAUCCAA